CCGAGUUGCGCUUUUGGCGAAGUUAGUACUGCAGUAAAGCGAGCAGCUGCUUUUCCGUCUCGUACUAAGUUUGUUUUAUUUUAUUAUUGAUUGAGAUUUUUGUCCCGGACUUCUUUGCGAUUUCGUGCAGCAACGAUGGACCUGGAGGGCGGCACUUACGAACCCGGCUUUGUGGGAAUCCGCUUCUGUCAGGAAUGCAACAACAUGUUGUACCCGAAGGAGGACAAGGAGAACCGCAUCCUGCUUUACGCGUGCAGAAACUGUGACUAUCAGCAGGAAGCGGACAACAGCUGCAUCUACGUGAAUAAGAUCACACACGAGGUCGAUGAACUGACUCAGAUCAUAGCUGACGUCUCUCAGGAUCCCACACUGCCUCGAACAGAAGACCACCCGUGUCCAAAGUGUGGCCACAAGGAAGCAGUGUUUUUCCAGUCUCACAGCAUAAAAGCUGAGGAUGCCAUGCGGCUGUAUUACGUGUGCACGGCUCCCCACUGCGGCCACCGCUGGACAGAGUGAUCGGCACAAGGGGCACCACGCAUGUACCCAUACGGCACUGCAGUCAUCCAGCCGCCUCCGGUCUUGUGCGUAUUUGGACCCGAGUGUUCAAAGGGCUGCAUUGAUAUACAGACUAUGACUUUCGACCUCCUGCUAACGUUAUGUUGAUGUUGUGGGGGAAAACCUGUGAUGGCCUGCGUCUGACUGGAAUAAAGACGCAUAUGCCUUGUCACCUGCUAUAUUUUUUUAAUUUGGAUUUUAAGGUAAUUGUUAAUAUUUUGUAUUGUACACAUUAUUAUUUUUAGUGACAUGCUGGAAAUAAAAAAGAGAGAACCAAGG